AUGACCAUCGAAAUCGCCAUCAUCGGCAGCGGCCUUAUCGGCACGCUGCUCGCGCUGGGCCUCCUGAACCGCGACUCCCCGCACCUCCGCAUCCAGGUCUACGAGCAGGCGGCGUGCCAUCGCGAGCUGGGCGCGGGGAUCGGCUUCACGCGGGCGGCGCGCCACUGUAUGAUGCGGCUGGACCCGCGGCUGGACGAGUGUCUGCGCGCCGUGGCGACGGAGAACGGCGAGCCCGACGACCCGGACUACAACAUGCGGUUCGUGGACGGCUACCACACGUACGUGGACGACGACAACGACCAGCCCGUGGGCAUCGAGGGGAAGGUCUACAAGCUGUAUGCGGGCCCACGGGGGUUCGAAGGGUGCCACCGCGCGCAGUUCCUGGAGGAGAUCAUGAAGCUGAUGCCCGAGGGGGUGGUGCAGUUCGGCAAACGGCUGGAGAGGUACGAGUAUCUAGAGUCUGGGAGGAUCCAGCUGGUGUUUGGGGAUGGGAGUGUGAGGGAGGUCGAUGGAGUCAUCGGCUGCGACGGCAUCAAAUCGCGCGUGCGCGACCUCAUGUUCCCCAACGCCGACCACCGGCCCCGCUACGCGCACCAGCUCGCCUACCGCGGCCUCAUCCCGAUGGAGCAGGCCAUCGCCCAUCUGGGCCGCCACCGCGCCCUCCUCCAGCACAUGCACUGCGGGCCUCACGCCCACGUCCUGCACUUCCCCGUCGCCAAUCAGAAGCUGCUGAAUGUGGUCGCGUUUGUCCCGGACCCCAACGACUGGGACGUCCCUACAAACCCCACAAACCCAUCCCCCUCCCCAUUCCCCAUCUCCACCCCCACAACCCCCAAAACCCACCUCCUUCACACCUUCAAAGACUGGACCCCCUUCCUCCGCACCCUCCUCACCCUCUUACCACCCACACUAACGCAAUGGCCGAUCUUCGACCUCUACAACCACCCGCCACCCACCUACGCGAUCUCCCGCGUCUGCCUCGUCGGCGACGCGGCGCACGCCGCAUCCCCGCACCACGGGGCGGGGGCGGGGGUGGGCGUGGAGGACGCCCUGGCGCUGGUGACCGCCCUGACGUGCGCGGAGGCCGACGUCCUCUCGGGCAAGCUGACGGCGCCGCAGGCGCUGGAGGUGGCGUUCAAGGCGUACUCGGAUGUGCGGUAUAAGCGGUCGCAGUGGGUGAUGCGGAGUAGUCGGGAGGUGUGUCGGGCGUACGAGUGGGAGCUGUUCGAGGGGCAGGAGGGGGCCGGGGGGGAGGUGACGGCGGAGACGGGGAUGAUGAGCCGGGUGUUUGAGGAGAUCCGGCGGCGGACGAUGACGGUGUGGGGGCUGGAUGUCGAGGGGAUGGUCGGCGAGGUGCAGGGCCAGUAUUGGCGUGGGACGUGGGGGUAUUCUUGUUUUUGA